AUGGGGCUCGGGCAGUUGCUCAUUGGGGCGCUCGGUUCAUCAGCGGCUAAACACGCCAGCCAGCUGCACCCAAGCAAGUUUCUACCCAUCGACGAUGACCUGAAAUCUGGUGAAAAACUUGACGAGGAAAAGGAACAACAUGAAGAAAGGGCCAAGGUUCACGAUGACCAGGAUAAGCCGGCAUCAUCUUCGAAAAAUGUUGCAAGAGCAUCCAAAGUUCCAGGAUACCUCAAGUCAACUGAGGCGUCUCAACGCCGGAGCAUCGGCGGCAGCACGAUGAGACAGACCCUUCCAUCGAAUGCCACUCGGAGCGCAUCAGAGUCGCCGACCAAGACCAGAACCAAGACGCCGAAGCCGGGAAAGCAUUGA